GAUCGGCGAGAAACUUGACCGAUCCGUUAGAGGUUAAAGGCUGUUACACACCGCCAUGAGACCGCGUCCGAGCGUAAACGUCGCGGCAUCAUCGACGUUUCUCGACGCGGUCGUUCGACAGUGGACGAGGGUGCGGUGAGGAAGAGAGAGAGAGAGAGAGAGAGAGAGACGAAAGGAUCGACGAGGAGGACGAGCGAGGGUGAGGAGGCAGAUAUGGAUAUGGACAAGGUGCAGAAUGGAGUGGAGGCCGAGCAGUGGCUCCCAAUGUUGGAGAAGGGAGAAAAGAGAGCGAGCUCGGUGGGCAGCGGAGCGUUCAGGUUCAUCCGCACGCGCACGAGUAUCCGGCGGGAACUGAAGAGACAGUGCAACAGGAGCAAGAACGGGGGUGAUUCGUCGGGGAUUCACGAGGCGGGGAACAACACAACAGGUGGCGGUGGCGGAGGAUUGGGGAAAUGGCUACGCGAACAUUUGGGCGGUGGUUCGAAGAGCGUGGGCCAAGAGGGAUGCGGCCCGGCGAGAACGAGUAGCGUAAUGCUCGCGGAGACGAGUUGUGGAAAGGGGGAGAGAUGGUUGGGGAAGGGAGGAGGUGUGUACACGCCCUCGCAGAAUCUGUAUUGCAGCCUGCCGAGGGAGCACGGCCGUCAUGGCACCGUGUACAAUAGCGGCCGAAAACUGGCCGGGAACUGUGGCAAGCCCCAAGGCCAGGAACGGCAGCAACGAUGCGCCGCGAAUCAUCACGAGAAGAUGAUCAAUUUCGCCGAGCUUGGUACAUUGACGAGGGGCGGGCCGAUAUACGGUAGCGAGGGGAAGACACCCUCGAGGAAACGAAAUCGCGAUCGACGAAGGCAUUCCCUGAACGAGAUCCACGAGCAGGGCCGACAACGUCGUAAGAGGUGUAUCCCGGAUGGCGGGGACGUUGGUUACACGAUGACGGAAUUGCAGCCGUCGCCACCAGGAUAUCGAGUCCAGGAUGAGGCCCCGGGCCCACCUUCCUGUCCUCCGGGCUCGUACAAGUACGCGAGUCACGGCCACGGUAGCGAGGCUGCCAAUUUCAAAAGUACCUCGUCGUCCUCGUAUCCUCAGGAAGGGUAUGGUGGCCUUAAGCAGAGCCCGUCUAGGACGGUACCUCCUAACGAGUAUUAUCGGCGAAGAAACGACGGGAGAAGAUCCACGGAGAACGAGCACGAGGCUGGCAACGCAACCAAGAAAGCCACGAUUCCCGGCUACAACGAAAGUCACAAGAAGAAUACUACGAGCUACAAGAACGACAGCGGGUAUAGCGAGAGCCUUGGAUUCGACAGUUACACGCUCCCUCUCAACGAAAGAGACGAGGCAUCGCCACCUCCAACGCCGCCGGUCCGAGACGCGUCUAGCCUCAAAGGUGUCUGCUACGGACCCGGCCACGAGAAAUACCCGUCUUGGCCGAGCGCGCCCGAGAGACAUCCCGACGAGGAUGUUCACGGGUCGGGGCACAGCGGAUCCCAUCGUUCCAAAUCCUGGACCGAUCACACCAAUUACCCGAAGGAGAAACCUGCCCAGUACACCAGACCGCAUACCAAGAGGCCCAAUCCCGCGUUCACGCAACAGUUGAAGACGGUGAUGGAACGCUGCGAGAAGAUCCCGGCGGAGACUUUCGAGUCGCGUAACAGAGGCAACGUAACGGAAGAGGAACCGAGAUUGUGGCCUCGCGUGGAUCGCGAGGGCAAAGCUCUGGGUGACGCGGAGUACGUGGUCCCCUCUCCGCCCGAACGCGAACAACCCCAGACAGCUCAGACUCUCAGCCAUGCCGAUCUCGAGGCCUACGUUAGGAGUUAUCAGGUGGAUCCUCAGGUGUCCCAGGUGGACAUUUAUAGAGAGUCAACUCUAACGCAAGCAGGCCUCGAGGAAUACACCAGAGUGCAACAUUCUCAACAAGCUAGCUACGCACAAUCCGAAGGUUAUCACAGUUACGUGUCCAGUGUCGAUUCCACGACCAACACACCGUUCCUCGACAGAUUGAGAAGAGACAGCGAGGCAGUGGCGCAAAGGCCGACAUCCACUUGGGAGGACUCGACCUCGAGAGAAGGAAGGGACAGCGUGGUGACGACGUCGAGCGGAAGCGCCUCGAGCAGCGAGACCCUGAAAUGGCACGGAUCGAUGUCGGAUGUGAGCGUGUCAAGCGGGUUGCCGGCACGCCAGGGUACGUCGGAUCGAUGGCAUCACGGAUCGUUGUCGGAUGUGAGCAGCGUGAACGGUGGAGUUUUAUCCCAAAAGGCCGGGAACAACGGUUGUCCUCGCGACAAGUGGCAAGGAUCCAUGAGCGACGUUAGCACUAGUUGCGGCUUGUCACCGACCGGAAAGGGGAGACACGGCGGUGAAAAAUGGCCGGACAAGUGGCAAGUUUCGAUGAACGAUCGUAAUAAACAGAGCCAGGGUAGAUCCAGUUUACCGGCUGUGAUCAAUCAUUGCAACGCAACGGGCAACGCGGCCGAUGUCUCGUCCGCUAUACGAGAGAGCAAGUGGCAAGAGUCGAGUAUCGACGAAGAGUCAUUGGUGGACAAGUCGCAGUCGUCCAAUGGGGCCACCCCGUCGAUGCAGUGGGACAACUCGAUGAGAAUCGAGGGUGAUAAGUAUGGCUCGUUGACCCAACCGAUGCCUCAAAGUCCCAUACGUCAGCAAAUCGGUACCACGACACCCCAAAGCCCGGAAAAUUGGAAUCAUCCUAUACACGGAUCGAUGUCGGAUGUCAGCCAAGUCAAUGGAUUGUCGUGCAGCAAACAAUUGAUCGCUCAUAGCGCCAGAGUUCAGACCCCGCAGAGACAUCACUCGGAGAGCGUGUUGUAUUUGGAUCGUGAACGAAAUCAACGCAAGCUAUAUCCAGUCGCCACUACUCAACCUCAACUCGACUCUACGCAGACCUCGAGAAUGGCACCAGUGUUGCCGUCUCAGCAAAUUUCAGUGGCAGAGCGUAUAAACGAAUUAGAGAAGCAACAGCAGCAGCAACAACAGCAGCAACAACAGCAACAACAACAGCAACAAAUGCGUUACACUUAUCUAGACCCGGAGAAGCGUCAUAGAGUGUCCGAUCCAACGUUGAAAGCGAUACAGAAAAAAGCUCUGCUCUCGUUCUACGAGAGACAUCAUCAGGCAUCCUGGAGAUCGGAACCGCAAUUGGCCCAAGGAAGCCAAACGAUCGCCGCGCCCCAAAGUCCUCCGCCCCAACCACCUCCACGACCGCGGCCACCGUCUUCGAGAAGAGCCAGCUCCGCUUCGGAUUACGCGAGCGGUGCUUGGCGAGAAAAUGGGAACCAGAGGAAUCAGAGUCAGGCCAACCCGGGAGAAUUGUCGAGUCCCAAGCAUCAACACAGCAACAGUUGCGGUAGCCUUUCCACGGAUUUGCUAGGUCCCGUGAUAGUAGGACCGGCGAUAUCCAUCGACGAUUGGGUGCCGGAGAGGCCGCCCAAGAAACCACACCUGAGAAACGUUUACAACGAUCGCGUACCCAGCCCCGAUUUGCCACCACCCUCUCCCCCAACGGUAACCGAGAACGAGGUUCACGAUUGCGACGAUCCACUGCCACCCCCUCCACCAGAAUUGAGCGACGAUUGUUUCAACGAUACAACGACCACAGCCACGACCACGACCGCGGCCACGACCACGACCGCGGCUCACCAUCAUCACCAUCACCAAUCGUCGGAAGAGUCGAAAAUUCGCGACAGAUCUUGCGACAGACACAAGUUGGAAAGACACUCGAUCAGAAGAUCGAAACACGGGUCGAAACGGGAUUACGAGAAACUUUCCUCCGGAAAGUCUUCUCCGAGUUCAGCCGCGAAAACGAUGUCCCACCAGCAGACCGAACAGGAACACCAACAACAACAACAUCAAUUCGUCAGGGGUGGUGUAGCGUUGAAACACGUGGAAUCCGAGAUGGUGUUGGAGAAUGGCGUCUCGGCUGGAUUCGCCACGCAUAGAAUGGUGGCUACCGUUGGUCGUUCCAGUUUGAGAUAUCCGUCCGCGCAAAAAUUAAUGAUGAACGGUAGGGUAACGCCAGCCAGACGAAUAUCGGAGGAACGAAGUUUCUCCUCGGGCAGACCUCCGGCCCAAUUGCCCGAUCUUAUCUCGCAACGAUACACCGACUCCGGGAAUCAGAGGCCCGCCCCCCAGGUACCCGUCGAGCCGAGGAUCAUUCGCCAAGAAUCGAUGCGAGUGGACGGGACGCGAAUCGACGUUUCCGGUUUGCUCAGGAACGAUUCCGCUCAGAGGCUGGAAUCGUCUACCGGUCAGAGACCCCAGCCCCAAGUUGCUAAAAACGCGGAUAAAAGUGGGACGGGCAAUCAAGCGACCAGGCCUAAUUACUUGCCCGUUCCGGAAAACUCGAAGUGCGCGUCCAAGUAUCUGGAAAGUGGGAAUAAUCACGGUUUCACGAUCGGUAGUCCGGUGAAGACAGGCUACGAGGCCAAUUCCAAGAUGUAUCCGUCGGAAUCGAGCCCUCAGAAGUAUCACGAACCUCCGAAAUACGUAGCCAAUAAUCACCAUCAACGUCACAGCGGCGACGGGGCGCAGAGGGGGAAUUAUUACGCGCUCCCUCCCAAGUAUAUAGACGCGCCGAAGCAAAAGCCUCAACCUCAAUGUCCCACGGAUAGAUACGGCGGUUCUACCACCGGUUCUUCUCCGAGCUCUCCUCCUCCUCCGCCUCUGGCCCCAAGGCAAAACACCGCGGGUAGAAAGUCAUUGCCACCACCGCCUCGACCGGCACCUCCGCACGCGCUGCAAGGAAGUCAAUCGAAGGCCUCUUAUCUGGCAUAUCGGCGAGAACGAGGUGCGCCUGAUACCGAAGGUAGUUACAAGAGAACCAUGUCACCGACAUCUCGCUUAGAGGAUUGGCCACCGCCACGGGAUCACGACGAUCCGGUUCUUCUUCGUGUCACGCCUCAUCAUCCGUUGCAGCAUCAUCACCAUCAUCAUCAUAAUAAUCACCAUCACCAGCAACAACCGGAGCUUUCCAAAUCGCACAGCGUGGACGCUCUUCAUCACCGGUUGGAAGAACGGUCGACGCAACAACAUCAACAACAACAACAACAACAACAACAAAACUCGGCCGAGAUGAUUGGAAAGUUAUCGCACGAUUUGAACAAGAAAUUGCAAGUGAAUGAUGCGAGAUCGCGAACCAGCGAGAAUAAUAAUAACGAUAACCUGGAGGACCGACAUCAGCAUCAUCACCACCAUCAUCAUCAUCAUCAUCAUUAUCAUCAAGAGAAGAGGCACGAUUAUGAGCAGCGUAAGGAGCGACAGUCGCCUCAAAGUAUCGAAGUUCUUAACGACAGGAAUCGACAAUUGGAACGAGAACGCAGGAAAUUGGCGGCUAGUUGCGAGCCUUUAUCACAGAACAGAGAGAAACAGAAUCGGAGUAUGGAAGUACCUUCUUCGGUGAUCGAAGAAAACUUGUUUCGCGAACGAAGCGCCACCAUCGAGAUGACCUCACAGAAUAUCGAACUUUUGAAUCGACGUAACGAGAAGAGAACAAACGCUACGUCGACAUCGACCAGCACGAUCACCACUUGUAUCACGACAUCGUCAACAACUACUGCAAUGACGAUCGCAACUGAUAGUUGUUGGCCACGCGGCCACGAGGUGCAGAGUUCCAUCGAAGCGUCACCUGUUUCGGAAAAACCUACACCACCGACUAGUUCUCCUCCAAAAUCACCGGAUCAAGUGGAAGGAGAUAGUUCAAGAGGGGCUGUGCCCAGACGAUCCGGAAGCUGUUCUAGUUCUUCCUCCUCCUCCUCCUCCUCCUCAUCCGGCAGAUCCUCGGAUCCCCGUAUCUCACCGCGAAACUUGUCCAAUAGUUUUUCCAAGAACGAGAAUUCUUUCCUUAACAACAGAAAAGUCUCGAGCCCCACUCAAACGGAUAACACUGGUUCUUCGAAUAUAUCCAGUUCACCUGUUCGCUCGAAUCAAACGAAAGAGAUAGAGUUGCGAAUGGAUAAAUCCUCUUUAUCGAGCAAAUCCAGAUCAGGAGGAAGAUCUUCGACUUCUUCCUCCGUAUCAAGCUCCGUAUCGAAAGCUUCCUCCUCGUCGUCAUCAAGAAAUUCUCCGGUCGAAGAGGACGUGUCGUUUUCUGCGAUGUCGCCAUGCGUAUCACCUCAGCCGGGAAUAGAAGGAUUGACACUGUUACAACGUACGGAGGUUGUGCUUCGAGUGAAUACGGCUACCAGUGACGUUGCGUCACAGACAGAUAUUCCAGAAACAACAGAGAUCGAAUCAUCAUCAGUCAAGAUUCGAGAAAUUCUUCUUUGCAGAAAGAAAUUGCCAGAAGAGAUCGAAUGCGAGGAAUUGGGUCGAGACUUGGCGAGUCAGCUCAAUCCGAACGAUAAGCUGGUACCUCUUCUAGUUCCAGCUCCAGAGCAUAAAAAACCCACAGACUAUGUUACCGGUCUGUUCAGGAUAGAAGCGACUCUACAUCCGCGACCCAGACAUCGAUUGUCUCUCGAAGAACCAAUGACUCCUUGCUCGGAGAAUGGAGAUGAGGAGAAAAAGCACGAAUCGAUACCCUCGACUCCGUUAUCGGCGGAUUCAACCAGUCCUCUAUCCCCAACGUCCGCUUAUUUCACCACGUCCGAAGGAAAGGCAAGGUUUCUCACGAGAUAUUCACGCGACAUGAUUGUUGAGGGAUCGACGAGACAGGAAGAUGUGCCGCCUAUCAUUCCAACAAAUAGCCUUGAUCUCAGACAAAAAAAGGAGGAGUUGAUGAUGAGUCUAGACAAGAAGCUUGUAGUCCUGAGAGCCGAACAGGAAGCAGUUCGCGAAGAGGGAGAGGUGAACGAGGCUUUGGGAGCAAGAGUCGCAACAAGGAUCACAGCUGUU